UCUGAAUUGCUCCAGUCUGUCAGUAGUGUCAGUGGCGAGUGGCGAAAUCGAUCGGCAAAAUGGUGGCGGACGAGAGGUUGUUUUUCUCGAACGCCGUCCAACAAUUGGCGAGAUGUUUGGCCGCUAUCAAGCCCACGCCGUGGGAAAAAGUAGCCAAGCUGUACAAGUUAUGUCCACAAGAUUCCGCUCUGGGUGUAUUCCGCCUGGAUCAGAGAGGUCAGGAUGCGACCAUCGCAUUGGGAAUUUAUUUUUUGGAAUCCGGCCUCCAGCACCGGGAUAAAAUUUUGCCGUAUCUAUUGAGAUUAUUGCGCGGUCUUCCAAAGGCGGUGUGGCGCGACGAGGUGAAAGUUUCGCUCGCCGAACGGGUUCCGGUCGCGGAACGAUUCAGCUUCUGCCUGAACACCCUGCUGAGCGAUGUGGCGGCCAGGUGCGAACCGGCGCGAGAAGAGAUCAUCUCGACCCAGGUCGAGAUACUCGCCGUUCUGACCAAUCUGAUACGUGGAUACAAGGAUCAAAAUAGCAAUAGGGGAUUGCAAGCGAAAAUAUCGCUAUGCAAGUGCCUGGUCCCGGUGCUGAUCGGUCUGGCAAGAUCCAUGGGUCGCUUCGCGUGUACGGAUCCGCCGUUGCUCUGCCGUAUCUUUCCACGGCGCGAUACGCCCUCGCCGGCAAGCAGCGCGGAAAUUCGCUUGAUGCCCGAUAAGAAACAGCACAGCUUCUCGAACUUCAGGCCCAUAAUCCCGCGAUCUCUGAGUGGCAAUUUUAAUUCUUGUAUCGACAACUCGUUGCCGGGCUACGAGAGUCACGAUUAUCACUGCGGCAAGAGACCGUCGCUGCAGUCCUUCCUGUCGGUGCCGUACGAUCCGACGACGUAUUUCUUCAGCCGUUACGGAUCGAGUUUCAAUCAGUUCCCGCAGAUGCGUUGCAACGAGAGCCCCGAGAGAAGGGCCGGGAUGCAGUUUACCGUGGUGCAUUUACAGAGUGUGCUGGCUUUGGCCAAAAAAUUACUUACCAAGGAGAUCCUGACGUUUCUGGAUGAAGAGGCACAGCAAGUGUACAGUUCCGGCCAAGUACACAUUUUCCCGUAUCGUACGUUCAGCGAGACGAUGAAUCUCGUUAUGGUAGCUUUGUUGCGCGAGCUGCUGCAAAAUCAGCGCGACUUACCGGCUCCGUUCACGAGGGACGUGCAGGAAUUCGUCAAGGGUCUGUUUCUCUCGGGUCAAACGGAGCUGCAAUCGCGGCAGCACGACGCGAGCGAGCGUGAAGACAUCGACACAAAUUUCCGGACUGUGAAUCGCUUUAAGGUGAACGUGAUGGCCAACUCCGCGUGCGUGGACCUGCUAGUCUGGGCGAUCGGUGAUGAAACAGUACCCGGCGAAUAUGAUUUGUCCGCGCUGUUCGCAGAUAUCAGUUCAAUGCUGAUCGGCAAGGGUGCGGAUAGUUUGUGCGGACGACUCGUGGAGAAGAUUAAUUCCAAUCACGGGCCCAAGCUCGUGCUGGCGCACAUGCCGUUGCUGUUGGUUUGUCUCGAGGGACUGGGAAAAUUGGCGCAGAAAUUUCCCAACAUAGCCAGCACGUCUAUAUACUACCUACGGGACUUCCUCAUCGCGCCAUCGCCAAUUCUUUUGAAGCUAUAUCGACAGCACAGUGAAUACUCCAUGAAGGAACAUCAGUUUAAAGUGCUGGUCCAAGGGAAGGAAAUAAGCGACUCGAAACAGACGACAUCGUCGGUGCACACGGCGUUUGCGAAACUUCGCGACGCGGCCAUCGGCAACCUCUGCAUCGCUCUGGAAGCUGCGCAUUCUGUGAAUCCGGACUGCGUCCCAGCGCUCGUGGCCAGUGUCUCGAACAGAUUAUACACCGCGGACAUAUCCGAUGGCGAGAGCGAUGAGAAAUUAAAAAACGAAGUGGUAUCGAAGAACAUCGUGAUCAUGUUGGGCCACGUCGCCGUGGCGCUGAAGGACACCCCGAAGACGAUGCGCACGAUCUUUCCGUUUUUCCAGCAGCUUUUCUGCCGCACUCCCAGCGACCUCGACUUCCUCAUAGUGGAUCAAUUGGGCUGCAUGAUCAUUGCCAAGUGCGAACCAAAGAUUUAUGAAGGGAUUAUGCAGAUGUUCUCCAUGUCGUUGGGGUCGAGUACAGCAACGUACGCCGCGAACGACGAUCGGAAACAAUACUGCCAUGUUUCCAAGGCGGUUACAAACGCCCUGGCGAACAUAGCGGCAAAUCUACAGGGCGAAUCGGAGUUGGACGACUUGCUGCUGCAUCUUCUGGAACUGUUCGUGCAGUUGGGCCUCGAGGGUAAACGCGCCAGCGACAAGAUGCCGAAUAGUAUCGUUGCGACGAAAGCAGCUAGUAGCGCUGGAAAUCUAGGAGUACUCAUCCCCGUGAUCGCGAUAUUGGUGCGACGUCUACCACCGAUCAGACAUCCGCAGAAACGACUUCUGAAGCUGUUCAAGGACUUUUGGUUGUACUGCGUUAUAAUGGGCUUCGCCGCGGAUCAUCCCUCGAGAUUGUGGCCGCCUGAAUGGUACGAUGGCGUCAAGGAGAUCGCUGUCAAGUCACCCUACCUUAUCUCUCAGACCAGCGCGCGUCUCGAGAUGCGAGAAUUGCAGUAUACGUCGGCGGUGCGCAACGACAGUGUCUCGUUGAAUGAGCUACAAGAGCUGCGGAGUCAAAUAUUGAAGAUAAGCACCCGUACAAAUGAUAUAUCGGCAUACGUGACCAAGCUACAGUUCGCGCAGUGCACAUACUUGCUCUCCGUUUAUUGGUCAGAGACCUUACGGGUGGCUAACAGUCCUGAACCGAGUCUGCAACCGAUAAUGCAGUACCUGUGCGAUACCGAUUUGCAAAAAGACAAGAGCGGCAUGUGGCAGUGCAUAUGCUGCGUAGCGGACUCCGUAUUUACGAAAUUCAAGGAUGUGAUGCAGCGCAAACCGAAGGACGAGCAACGUGAGAAGGAGCUCGAGAAUCACGCGCAAUUUCUGCUGGUGCACUUCAAUCACGUGCACAAGCAAAUCAGGCGGGUGGCAGACAAAUACCUCAGUGCUUUAGUGGACGCUUUCCCGCAUCUAUUGUGGAACUGUAAAGUCCUUUGGAGUAUGUUGGACAUAUUACAGAUUUUAUCGUAUUCGUUACAACUCGACCCAAAUGAAGAAACGCCUAGCUUAAGAAUACCCGGCACGCCAUAUAGCAUCGAGUUGAUGAACACUAUUGAAGCAAGAGAGAUUAUCGUGAAGGAUUUUACCGCGAGAUGCAAGGGCAUUGUGCAGGAAGCCAUGAAGUGGGCGCCGCAAGCUACCAGGUCGCAUUUACAAGAGUACAUCAAUCAAAUACCGUCUGCUGGCAUGCGACAUCAUUCUGGUUUGUCGUUGGCCAUUGACUCGGUUCUCGAAUUCGUGGACACCGCGAUUCCCACAAUAGUUCCAGCAAAUACGAAUUCGUUGGAUAAGAGACCACGCGCCGUAAAGGGCGCGAGUUCGUGGCUGCUGUCGAUGAUGUCUACGAGAUCGUGGCACGCCGGCGAGGUGGCGGGUAUGCUUGCCCUUGCACGCACCGAAUCGCCAACCGCGGAGGUGACUCUGGAAGAAUGUAGGGACAAAGUCGUCGAGAGAUUGAUCGAGGCUGUCCAUCGCGCCUGUCAGGAUCGCGAUGAUACCAUUCAUCGCGGAGCUCUUUGGCGCGCUACCGCUCUUUUGAUAUCCAUGCCUGGUAUACAUAGACGGUUGUUACACUCGGUCGCGUGCUCGCAGAUAGAACUGUUCACGACCGCAGCCAUGACCACAGCGGUCGAGUGCUGGCAGUGGAUCCUAACUGUACGGCCAGAUUUGAAAUUGCGAUUUUUGCAAGAGAUGUUACUCGCGUGGCAGUAUACCGUUGACAAGAGGAUGGGCUUGUUCGCACCGAACGAGGAGGAGGUCAGUCCGCUCGCGGUCUACGAGGGCUGCAAACUCGGACCUAAUCCGCCACAGGUGAAACCGCACGAUAUCUGGGUGACCUUCAUAGUGGAGCUCGUCGAGACAGCCAAGUAUUGUUGCCAGGAGACGGUCGAUAUGAUCGCCCUACUCCUGCAUCGCUCGUUACCCAUGACUGUCGGUGCAUCCGGCGAGGAAGCCGGUAUCACUCGACACGUCGCCGCGGUUGGCGUGCGUUUUAAACUUCUCUCAUGCGGCUUGGUACUGCUGCAAGGUGACGUUUUACCAAGAACUUUAAGUAAGAAUGUCCUGCGAGAACGUAUCUAUUCCAAUUGUCUGGAUUACUUCUGCCGAGAACGUCAAUUGCCGACCCAAGAGAUCGACCAGCUUAGCGAAGACAUAGUUACGCUGAUACGCUUUUGGCAGGUAAUGCAUAGCGACAAAAAGUACUUAAUGAUGACAGGGGCCGAUAACGAAUUUGAGAUCGUGACAUCUCAAACUUAUACAACCGCGAUGAUUCCAAGCGAGACAAUUGGUUCGUUAGCUGCCACGCUAGCUCCUACGCCGAACGACUUCUCGAGAUCGUCCAGCAACGUAUGGAUGAACACCAUGCCUAUGUCGACCAGUACCAAUACAUUGAGCAAACGCAGCAAUCGCAGCAAACGAAUUGUAAACGCCAAUGUUCUCGUGAAAGAUUACAUCAAAAAGAGAAAUUUGAUUCUCGAGUUGUUAGCGGUUGAAAUCGAAAUGUUACUGGUCUGGCGUAAUCCCAGCGGAAGACCGGAACUCGCGUUGCAAGGAGAAGGAAGUAUCGCGGACUGGCGUGCCAAGGGGAUGAACGAUCGCUGGCGAGAAUAUACGCGACUCGCGUGGGAGAUCAGUCCUGUUCUGGCCAUAUUCUUGCCGGUGCGGUUAAAGAAUCACGAAGUCAUCAUCAAGGAGAUUUGCGGCCUGGUGCGCCUUAAACCCGUGAUAGUCAUGCAUGUGUCGGAAGCAUUGCAGUAUCUCGUUACGACGGAUACGCUUCUCAACGAUGUACCUGAAUUAGUUUAUAUGUUAACGUGGGCGAGAGUGUCUCCGAUUCAAGCGCUGGCGUUUUUCUCGCGACAAUUCCCGCAUCAUCCCAUCUCUGCGCAAUACGCAGUGCAAGUAUUGGACAGCUAUCCAGCCGACGCUGUGCUUUUCUAUAUACCCCAGCUAGUGCAAGCUGUCCGUCACGACACAAUGGGCUAUGUAAUCGAGUUUAUUAAGAAGAUUGCUAAACGAUCACAGGUGGUGGCACAUCAAUUGAUAUGGAACAUGCACACUAAUGUAUACAUGGACGAGGAUAAGCAGGUGAAAGAUCCAGUGCUGUACGACGUCUUAGAUUCGUUGACGAAGAAUAUUCUGAACGCCCUGUCCGGCCCGGCGAAACAAUUCUACGAGAGGGAGUUCGACUUUUUCGAGAAGAUCACUAACAUCUCGGGCGAAAUCCGGCCGUAUCCCAAAGGGCCGGAACGCAAAGCCGCGUGCUUGGAUGCUUUAGCUAGGGUCAAAGUACAACCUGGUUGCUAUCUGCCGUCGAAUCCCGAGGCGAUGGUCAUCGAUAUAGAUUAUCAGAGUGGCACUCCUAUGCAAAGUGCUGCUAAGGCGCCGUUCUUAGCGCGCUUCAAAGUACAGAAGUACGGCAUCAACGAGCUCGAGAAUAUCGCGCUAGCGGUGUCGACCAACGGGAAAGUCGAGAACAAGAGAGAAACGGAAGAGCAGACAUGGCAGGCCGCUAUUUUUAAAGUCGGCGACGACGUCAGACAAGACAUGCUCGCCCUGCAAGUGAUCAGCAUUUUUAAGAACGUAUUCCAGAAGGUGGGGCUGAAUCUCUUCCUGUUUCCCUACAGAGUGGUAGCUACAGCUCCCGGGUGUGGCGUGAUAGAAUGUGUGCCGCAUGCAACGUCAAGGGAUCAACUCGGCCGUACAACAGACAGCGACAUGUAUCAAUACUUCAUCACGCAACACGGCGACGAGACGACCAAGGAGUUCCAAAACGUUCGUCGUAACUUCGUCAAGUCGAUGGCGGCUUACAGCGUAAUCACCUACCUCCUGCAGAUAAAGGACCGUCACAACGGCAAUAUCAUGAUAGACACUCAGGGUCAUAUCAUACACAUUGACUUUGGCUUCAUGUUCGAGAGCUCGCCUGGCGGUAAUUUGGGCUUUGAGCCCGAUAUCAAGCUCACUGACGAGAUGGUCCUCGUGAUGGGCGGCAAAAUGGAAGCUGCGCCGUUCCGCUGGUUCGUGGAACUGUGCGUGCAGGCCUUCCUCGCAGUUAGGCCCUACCAGGAAGCCAUCAUCUCCCUCGUCUCCCUCAUGCUCGACACGGGAUUACCGUGCUUCCGCGGACAGACUAUCAAGCUCCUACGCAGCCGGUUUGUGCCGACCGCCACCGAUCGUGACGCGGCGAUCUUUAUGAUCAAUGUAAUACGUAAUAGCUACCUCAACUUCCGUACGAAAACUUACGAUAUGAUACAGUAUUAUCAGAAUCAAAUCCCCUAUUGAAUCAUUACCGGAAAAUUUACUUCCGCCUCCUUCCCCUCCUUCUUCCCCGUCCAGGUGAUUGUUUACGGGCGACGCUUUGCGCUCGCUAUGACUGUUGUUGUCGAAUUAGAAUCAGGUAUUAGAAUCAGUACUUGAGGUACUGCAGUUGUUAGAUAUCACAUUAUAACUACUGACUGUGAAACUGUACAAAUGUAUUGGUGUCAAUAUUAUUUUAGUCCCACUGUGUAUUUUACGAAAGCGUUUAGCCUUGUAUGUAUGUAAUAAUGUAUCAUAAUUAUCUAUGAGAGAUGGCUUAUAUAUGUAUAUGCAUGUACAUGUAUCUGCUGUACGCAGCACAUCUGUAUACGAGUACAUUCCUGUCCGUUAUUAAUUUAUGUAUUGUUAAUGAAUAAAAAUUAAAUUACUUUAACCAUGAA